AUGUCUGUUUCAACCACAGCAGAGGGUAAAUGUAAUAAUAAUAAUAGCAUCUUAAACAGUAAAAGCAUUACACCUAUUAAUAUUGGAGAACAACAAAUUCUAGAUGAUUGGGGAUUUUAUAAUAUAGCAAAUAAUUUAAAUUCGAAAUGGACAACUUCAUCUACAUUAAUAAAACUAACAGACAGUAGUAGUAGUAGUUACAACUAUAAUAAUCAUAAAUAUACAAGCUAUAUAAAUAGCUAUUACAAUCAAAAUAACAAUAUUAAUAUUAAUAAUUUAUAUAAUAAAAACAAUAACAACAACAACAACAAUAAUAAUAUCAAUAAUAAUCAAACAAAAACAAAUUUUAAUGAAUUAAAUGGUGGUGGUUCACUACAACAACUACAACAAGAAAGUGGGAAUGGCGCAAUUAUUGCAUCGAAUUAUAGUGUGGUGUUUUGUACAGAUGACGAGUGUGGUAGUUCGAGGUUCGAUUUAGAUGGCUAUUACUAUGCGCUUUUCCCACUGCCAGCGAAUAAAGAUAAUGUAGUGGUGUAUCGGUUGUCACAGCAGUUCUUGCUUUACGAACUGCAGUCACCAGAUACCGAUACAUUCUAUCUCGAUUACUUUGUUUCAACGACGGCACUGUUUCCACCGGAUGUCGAUGCAUCGAUCUAUGUGUUCCUCGAUAAUAUGCAAGUCGAUCUACUCGAUAGUAUCAUUACAUUCGGCGAGACACACAGUCUCGAUCUCUCGGAUUUCAUCGAUAUCAGCAUCAUCGGUACUGUUCACACCAUAGAGUUCCAGAUAUCCUAUCAUCUGCUACAACCCGAUCAACUAUACAAUUUCGCAUUCCAACUCUCGGGAAUAAACAUUCGUCGUGGACUGCAGACGAGACAACCACUCAAGUCGGCAGGCAAUAUCUAUGUGGACAUUGUCAAUGGCUCGGACCGCAACGGUACGGGCUCGCUGACGUCACCCUUCAAUUCUCUGGCGAUGGCACUCUCCUAUCUGUAUCCGGGUGAUAGUAUCAUAAUGAAUGCAGGUGUCUACUGUGGACAAUAUAUGAACAUAAAUAUCAAUAAGAAUUUCAACUUGAUCGCUGCUGCCAAUAACGCAGAUCCUAUACUGACGGUGAUCAGUGGUGAAGGUCUGCUUUCCUCGCUACACAUUGCUUCGUCGGCGACGAACAUGCUCACUGUCAACAUUGCAGGUAUAACAGUGCGUGAUACCUACUCUUCGCGAUUCGCUUCGGGCGGUGGUAUUCUUUUCAUUGAAGGAAGUGUCAAUGUCAGUGCAACCAACUGUAUCUUUGAGAAUAAUCUUGAUCAUUACGAUCGUGGUGCUAUCCUCUUGCGAGGCAACAGUAACUUGGUGUUGCAAGCAUCGAUCAUUCGCAAUUGCUCAUCGUCGAUGGCUGCAAACUACGGACCGGCAAUCAGUAUCAUUGGAUUCGAGAGCUAUCAAUCACUCGUCAUCGACAGUUGUCAAUUCAUAGAUAAUCAACAUGCACUCUAUGUCGACCAGAAUAACUACUUGGUGAUAAGCAACACGCAGUUCAACGGAACCGGUGAAACUACGAAUCUACCUUGUUCAGUGAGGAUAUCACGUUCACCACUAUCGACACUACUCAACAAUACAUUUAGCAACAGCGGUAAUGGUGCACUUUGUAUCAUUCAAUCGAUUGUCAAUCUCAAUCAAUCGACAUUCAUUGGUAACCGCUUGGAAGAUCGUGCCGGUGCCAAUCUCUAUAUCUCACAGAGUUCACUUGUAAAUAUCUAUAACUCUACUAUUAGAGAUUCAUUUGGUAGUUCAGGCACUGCAAUGUUUGUAAUGGAACACUCAACGGUAUCACUCUACGAUACUACAAUAACAAAUAUCAUUACCAAAGAAAACGGUGCCAUUAUUUCAUCUUCACGUAGCUAUCUUUCAUUGAAUCGUGUGACAAUAGUUCAAUCGGUAUCGGACUACCUAUUCUAUUUGUUCUACGGUUCCGUUACAUUGCAUCAAUCGACUGUCAGUAAUAUCAUAGGUGGUGUAUGGGCAACUCAGACAUCACUGACAUUCACCGACUCAACCAUUCAGAGUAUUAGAUCCGGUCCGAAUAAAACCGAUACCUAUCUCGCUCAACAGUGUAAUCUUGUCUUUAGCAAUUGUAAUUUCAUCGAUCAUGGAGAUAUCUACUUGGCAUCGUCCAACAUCGAACUCACCGAAACAACUCUGAGCAACAGUAGAACGUUCAUUCAACUACUGCCUAGUUCGUCGGCAUUCGUCACCAACUGUACAUUCUAUGAUAAUGAAGAUUCAAUCUUUUUGCAACAAUCGAAUUCCUAUUUGAUCGUGUUGAACAGUCAGUUCUACAAUAACAGAGCAUCUCAAGGAUCGGUUCUCUAUCAAUUGACACAAGCCAAAGCAACUUUUAACAAUAACAACUUUACUGGCAACUCUGCAUCCAAGAAUGGUGGAUGUAUCUACGUUGGACAGUAUUCCACCACGACAUUGACCGAUACUAUUGCAUCGAAUAACUAUGCGACAUCCGGUGGUUUCAUUUCGUCGGAGAGCGAUGCUCUAAUAUCGAUAUCGGGUGGUGUCUAUCAGAAUAACAGUGCAAUCGGGGGAGGUGGUGUUGUUUACUAUCAAAACGUACCGACAAUAGAUGUGCCGCCUAUUCUUAUUGGCAAUAAUGCUGGCUAUGGCAAUGACUAUGCAUCACCACCACAAAAACUCAGUUUAACCACAACUUUUCCAAGUUAUAUCAUAUCGAAUACCACAACAUUCACCGGUGUCAUUCAAAUAGUUGAUCAAACCGGACAACUAGUAAAAGUUUCCGAUCAAUUUUCGUCACUCAAAGUAUAUCUAUCGAUCGACGACAACACAGUGGAUCUCUCUCAGGUGAUCGGAGGAUAUGCCAACUUUACAAAUGUAAUUCUCACCGGUACGAUUGGUUCGCGUGUCCCAGUUACUUUUUUGAGUAACGAUCCCAACCUUUUCCCGUUUAUGGUAGAGGGUGGAGCGGUCGUUGCCCCAUGCAAUCCUGGAUCGAUUCCAUCGCCAUCGAAAUCGCAAUGUCAAGUCUGCCAGAAUGGAAACUAUGGAUACGAUGGUAUCACUUGUAUCCAAUGUCCAUCGGAAGCAUACUGUCAGAAUGGACAGAUCAUAGAAACUAAACCAGGCUACUGGUACGACGAGUCUGAGUAUCCAAGAGUUUUCUAUAGCUGUCCUCAGGCAUCGUACUGUCUUGGAAACAAUACUUGUGCGCCUCACUCAUAUGGACCGCUGUGCGCUAAUUGCAACGCCAGUGAAAGCUACUAUCAGUGGGGUGGACGUUGUGUCCACUGUCCCUCUUCCAGCGCAUACGUUCUACUGGCGCCAUUUGCCGGUGCCUUUUUAAUCUUUUGGGUUCAGCGAUCCGACAGUGAAUCUGGAUUGAUGACCAUCAUUAUUUAUUUCGUUCAGACUCUGAUGGUUCUAUCGCAGAGCGUUGACUUUAGCGUAUUUUCCAUUUUUAAUUUGCAAUUAGAUUCUGGACAGAAUGGUGUGUUGGGUAGCUUUUGUCCAGGACCCUAUGACUACUACGAGAAACACUAUAUGACACUGCUGACAACUCCACUCUUGCUCUUUAUGUUGGCGAUAUCUACACUCUGUAUUGUCAUAGUACAUCGCUCGAAUUGUAUCUCACGUGAAUCACCAGCACCUCGUACAGAUCUAAAGAGUAGUUUUGCCAGUGGCCAGCUAAAUGCGCUCAUCAAAUUGAUCUUGACAGUCUAUUCACCAAUUACACAGUCGGUACUCUCCAUUUUCUUUUGUACCGAAAUCGGAUCUCGAUUCUCUAUCCUAAUAGCCAACAACUCUGUUUUGUGUGAAGGUAGCCAAUAUAGAAUGGCUACCGCUAUAAGCUAUGGUCUAUUAGUUAUAAUCAUUGGAUUGCCAAUCAUCAUAUUCAUUCUUUUGUUUAAGAAUCGAAAAUACCUAGAGAAUGACUAUGUCAUUAGAGUGUAUGGCGUUUUCUUCCUUAAAUAUAAGCCAGACUACUACUAUUGGGAUGUUUUAAUGCUACUUCGAAGAUUGGCUGUUGUCGCCAUUGCAUUGAUGCCACAAUCAUCCAAUCUAAGAAUGUUCCUUCUGACCUACACCAGUUUACUGUUUGUAAUCCUACAAGUCAGAUACCAGCCAUUCAAAGUUGUUGGUGACAACCAUUUGGAAUUGGCAUCUCUGGUACUCCUCUUCUUUUGUUGUAUCUACUUGGAUAACGAUGUGUGGAUCAACAGCGAGCAAUGGAUCGUCAUGUGUUGUGGAAUACUUUUCGGUAUCUACUUGGUCUACAUCCUCUAUAAUCACUAUAAACAAGACAUACUCGACCUCAUCAAUCAUGGAAUAUAUUUGGUGACCUUUGGAAAUCACGGUCAAAAGAGAAUCAACAAAUACGAAUAUCUUGAAGAUGACGAAAAGUUUUUACUUGGUGGAAAGAAGUCGCUUUCCACUUCUUUACUCUUCGACAGACCCAGAUCAACAUCGAAAUCACAAGUGGUCUCACAAUAUGGAUCGAUUGUCUACAACAAUGAUUCAUCGGGUGAUGAACAGGAUGAACAAGAAGUGGUAGACAAUGAAGAUACAAAUAGUAAUAGCAGCGAUAUUUGUUUUAACAAUGAAAUACGACUCAUGACAGCAGCAGAACUUGCUGCCGCUGAACCAAGUGAUGGUGCAAUACUUGGAACUACCCCAAUUCCAUCGGUGUAUCAAGAUUAA